ACAAUAAAGAGUCGAGUGAACAGGGCUUCCUAAAUUUGAUGACGGAUGUUAUGAGGAACGAUUUAUGACACGAAUGGCUCGUGGACAAGAUUCACAAGAACAUGGUGAACACGAAAGCCAUAUGACGAAUAGCGAAGUUGAUGAAACUACAGCAGCCAAGCAGCGUCGAAGUAUAGUGGCGAUUCCUAUACUGCCCAGACCAUUUGCAAUAUUUUGCCUUGUUGCUAAUAUCGUCCUUCCGGGAACAGGUACUAUUGCUUCAGCGUUUUCAAUCGUCUUUUUCCACCGUAAGGACGAUAGUCAUUUAGAAAUCUUCCACGCCUUUCUAUCCAAUUUUGUCAUUGGCCUAUGCCAGUUCAUUACCAUCAUCUUCUUCUUGAUUGGUUGGUUUUGGAGUAUCUUAUGGGGCUGUGCUCUGGUUGGUCAUUCCAAUAAAUACAGGAAAUAACGAACCAAGCUGACAAUCGCGACUUGAAGUAAAGUCUGAAACUUUUCCAAUUGGGAGAAAGAUGACAUUGUUGAAAUAUAAAAAUAAUAUACACACCUCAUACUUAAGUAUUUCCAAUGAUAAUUUUAUACUAAUAUCAUCAUUCAUUCAUUUGCAAGCAUUAUAUUUAUUACAUACGUGUUUGAACUCGACAAAAGAAACUA